AUUUUUAUCAACACCACCUAAAACGUUCACAGUACAAAAUUACAUAUGUCUGCAAAUGCAAGCAAAUGCAAAGUUUCUCUCUCACACACACCCCACGCACUCGAUUCUCUCUAUCUAUAAAAUUCCAAUCCUGUUAUUUCUCAGUUCCUUUGUUCUUUCAUUUCAACCCUUAUCUUACUGUUUUGCUUUCAAAUCCACCGAAAAAAAAAAAUAUUUGGAAACUCAUUUUUCCGCUUGUGUUCUGCAGAUGGCAGUUUGACGGAAAAAUGCUCAUUGAGCUGGAUUCCGGUGCUGUUUUCCGUCGAUUUCCGGCGGGAGUUUGAGUCUGUGAAGACCAGCUAGAUUUUUCGUCGGCAUAAAUCGAAUUUUGCGAUUUUUCAGUUUCCGGCAGAAUAAGAAAAGGGGAAAAAAUGCCGGAGACAGUGGUGCUUUUGAAGCCGGCUGACAACGAGAGGAAGAAAAGUAAUGAAGAGAUUUUGGACAGUGAAAAUGAGAAGGUGCCGGAGAACACAGCCACAGCCACAGCCACCACACCUAGACCAGUCAAAAUCGUCCCCUUCAGCAAAUCCCAGGCCUCCUGCCGGCGCGUGGCGCCUGCCUCCAUCACCGAAGGAGACGUCGGCGGCGACAAUGGGGCCGUCGAGAAGCGCCUCCGCAACGGGGACCUGUACAUCGGGGCCUUCCACAACGACGCGCCCCACGGAUCCGGGAAGUACCUGUGGAGGGACGGGUGUAUGUACGAGGGUGAUUGGAAGAAGGGGAAAGCGUGCGGGAAGGGGAAAUUCUCAUGGCCGUCGGGAGCCACCUUCGAGGGCGAGUUCAGGUCGGGCCGGAUGGAGGGCUCCGGCACCUUCAUCGGGCCGGACGGUGAAAUGUACAGAGGUUCGUGGGCUGGGGAUCAGAAGCACGGCUACGGGGUCAAGCACUACAGCAAUGGGGAUUACUACGAAGGGCACUGGAAGAGGAAUAUGCAAGACGGGCAAGGCCGGUAUCUAUGGAGGAAUGGGAAUGAGUAUAUUGGGGAAUGGAAAAAUGGGAUGAUCCAUGGCAGAGGAAUUUUGGUCUGGAACAAUGGGAAUAGAUAUGACGGGAAUUGGGAAAAUGGCAUUCCGAAAGGACAUGGGGUUUUCACCUGGCCGGACGGGAGCUGCUAUAUCGGCUGCUGGUCUCACAAUUCCGGUAAGAACAAUAGCCAGAACCAGAUUCUGAAUGGGACUUUUUACCCUGCUCACAAUGGGAAGAAUGGUGCUGGUAAUGAAAGUGAUGAGGGUUUGAAAGGGAGCUUUACUCAGAAAUUAUCCACGCCAUUGAUGGUGGUGGGGGAGGAGGGUGAGGAUGUGGUGGCUGAGGACGGUGGUGUGAAGAGAAGGUUUUCCGGCGAGGCGGCCGAUGGGGCUUUCCCGAGGGUUUGCAUUUGGGAAUCGGAUGGUGAAGCUGGCGACAUAACUUGUGAUAUAGUUGAUAAUGUCGAGGCCUCUGUGUGGUACAGAGAUGGGCUAAGACAGUUUAGGAGAAACCCCUGUUAUGUAAGUGGGGAAGUGAAGAAGCCAGGGCAGACUAUAGCAAAAGGGCAUAAGAAUUAUGAUCUGAUGCUCAAUCUCCAAUUGGGUAUUAGGUAUUCUGUGGGGAAAGAUUCUUCGGUCUUACGUGACCUUAAGCCGAGUGAUUUUGACCCUAAGGAGAAGUUCUGGACUAGGUUCGCGCCCGAGGGAUCGAAACUCACACCUCCUCAUCAAUCAAUGGACUUUUGGUGGAAAGAUUAUUGCCCUGUGGUUUUUAGACAUUUGAGGGAGCUAUUUCAAGUAGAUCCCGCGGAUUAUAUGUUAGCUAUUUGUGGUGAUUAUGCCCUGCGAGAGCUUUCGUCUCCAGGGAAGAGUGGAAGCCUCUUUUACUUGACACAAGAUGACAGGUUCAUGAUCAAAACAGUGAAGAAAUCAGAAGUCAAGGUGCUCACUAAAAUGCUUCCAAGUUAUUACCAGCAUGUAUGUCGCUAUGAAAAUUCUCUCGUAACGAAAUUCUACGGCGUGCAUUGUGUUAAACCAGUUGGAGGUGUCAAAACUCGGUUCAUUGUGAUGGGGAAUAUGUUCUGCUCAGAGUAUCGAAUUCAUAGAAGGUUCGAUUUAAAAGGAUCCUCUCAUGGGCGCACAACAGACAAGCCUAAUGGUGAAAUUGAUGAAACCACGACUCUCAAGGAUCUUGACCUCAACUUCGUUUUUCGGCUGCAAAGCAAUUGGUAUCGAGAGUUGAUGAAACAAAUUGAUCGUGACUGUGGGUUUUUAGAGGCAGAGAGAAUCAUGGAUUACAGUCUUUUAGUUGGUCUUCAUUUUCGUGAUGAUAGCACAGGAGACAAAAUUGGUUUGUCCCCUUUUUUGUUACGUGCAGGUAUUCUCAUUUGUGCAAAUUAUGGCAAUAACUCUUUAGUAUUUUUCAUGUUGUGGCUCUUGAAGAUUUUGCUUAUAUUUGCACACUUCUGUUUCACAUCAGGAUCGAAUAAUUCAUAUCAAAGUGAAAAGUUCAUGCGUGGUUGUCGUUUUCUUGAAGCAGAACUACAAGAUAUGGACCGCAUUUUAGCUGGCAGGAAGCCGCUUAUCAGGCUCGGUGCAAAUAUGCCAGCACGAGUCGAGCGUGUGGCGAGGUGUAGCGAUUUUAACAAUUUGAGGCCUUCACGAAGCCGUGAAGUCUAUGAAGUGGUCCUCUACUUUGGAGUUAUAGACAUUUUGCAAGACUAUGACAUCAGCAAGAAGCUCGAGCGCGCGUACAAAUCUCUACAGGUGGACCCCACCUCGAUCUCGGCUGUCGACCCUAAACUUUAUUCCAAGAGGUUUCGCGAGUUUAUCGGGAGAAUAUUUAUCGAGGAUAAGUGACGACACAUUGGUGUCGAUUUAUUUUCCCGGGUACACUUGGCUGAGUUUUUUGUGUAUCAGCUAUGGUGGUAGAUUUGUUUUGUAAAUGAAAAAUUGUGGAAAUUCUUGUUAGAAAUUUUUGGUGUAGCCAUGUAAAAAUAUGGAAGGUUGGGAAAGGGUACAAGAUGGACUUCCAAAGAAGAUGAUGUUCAAAAAAAAAAGUUGGAAUAGAAUGUUAUUAAAUUAGGAGUCCUGUUACCAAUUAUUUGAUUUAUUAUUAAUAUUUUUUUUCAA